GGUGGUGGUGAAGUGAAUGGUGAUUACAUUACAUUGUCUUUGGUCUAUGUAUUGAUGUCAAGAGCAGUGAAUGCAUUUUUAAUCUAAACUCUAACUAAAUAUUUAAAAUAUCUUGAAAAGAAUUAAUUAAUUAUAAUGAAAGCUCGCCACUUACUUAAUUCUAAAUUAUAAUCUAACGAACUUUAUCUAUAUGAAUCGUGAGAAACUUCACUAAUCUUUGGUGAUCGAUUGUUUGUUGAGUGUGCAUUCAAGUUGCAAAUAAGUGGAUCACUCAUUUAUUUGAUCUAACUGAAUACAACAAUGCUACGGUUCCUUAGUAGAAGGGGGCGCUCUUCCAGCCAGACGCGCAACAAACAAAAUCAAAAAUCGUCUAACAACAAAAACCUGAUACAAUGUAAGGUAAUGCUUCUUGAUGAUACUGAUUUAUCCAUUAAUCUGUCUAAAAAAGCUAGUGCUGGUGAUCUCUAUGAGCAAGUAUUUUAUUCUUUAGAUUUGAUAGAGAAGGAUUACUUUGGUUUACAAUUUACUGAUACCAAUAAUGUUAAACAUUGGCUAGAUCCAACUAAAACCAUCAAAAAGCAAGUGAAAAUAGGACCACCAUACACUUUAAGACUGAAAGUGAAAUUUUAUUCAUCGGAACCUAAUAACUUGAGAGAAGAAUUGACAAGGUACCAGUUCUUUUUGCAAUUAAAGAAAGACAUUUUAGAGAGCAAAUUAGAAUGUCCACACUCUACAGCAGUAGAAUUAGCUGCAUUGGCUUUGCAGUCUGAACUUGGCGACUUCGAUGAGUCUAUACAUACGCCGGCUACUGUAUCAGAAUUCCGAUUCGUCCCUAAUCAGAGUGAAGAGAUGGAAAUUGAAAUAUUGGAUGAAUUUAAAAAAUGCAAGGGUCUUUCACCUGCUCAAGCAGAAGUUAACUAUCUUAACAAGGCUAAGUGGCUUGAAAUGUAUGGUGUUGAUAUGCACAUUGUUCUAGGCAAAGACGGGUGUGAGUAUCAUUUGGGGUUAACUCCUACAGGCAUUCUCGUAUUUGAAGGACCACAAAAAAUAGGCUUAUUUUUUUGGCCUAAAAUAAGUAAGCUGGACUUUAAAAAGAAGAAGUUAACGUUAGUUGUUGUUGAAGAUGACGACCAAGGUAGAGAACAGGAACACACAUUCGUUUUCAGACUUCAUAACGAAAAAGCCUGUAAACAUCUUUGGAAAUGUGCUGUAGAACAUCACACUUUCUUCCGCUUACGUGCGCCUGUCAAAGGACCAUCUGCAAGACAAAACUUCUUCAGAAUGGGAUCAAGAUUUCAAUAUUCAGGUAAAACAGAGUAUCAAACUACGCAACAAAAUCGUGCACGUCGAACGGUUCAAUUUGAAAGGCGACCUAGUCAACGAUUCGCGAGGAGGCAAAGUCAUGUCUUGCGAGAACGUGAAAAACAAACUACGGUUACAAAGCCUGAUACUACCUCCCAACCUGAACCCAGUACAUCAGCAGAACCUAACGCCCUAGUAUCUGAAGCUGGUCUUGAUACCUUAUCGCGAAAAAGUAGCGCAAAAUCUCAGAAAUCUACUUUGAUUGAAAGUGAUAGUAGAGCUGUUGAAAUAGGAGAACCCUCUACCAAGAAACUUGUAAGCGAUGAAGGUUCCGAUGAUAUACUUAUUUCGAAAGAUGAUGCUAUCAGUAACAAGGUUUUAUUUAAAAUGGAUAAAGCUAAUAUUGAAGAAAAGAAGAGUAACUUGUCACAGUUAGUGAUUAACAAACCAUCUUGUAACUGUUCACCUGUUGCUGAAUUCAAUCCGCUGAAUGAUCUUCUUAUGAGCUUAGUAAAAGAAAAAUUAAACAGUGAUGAUUCAAAGAACGAGGUCAAAAAAGAUCAAUUGGACCAAGUCGAUAACGAAGUACCGAACAACCAAACAAAAUGCUAUAUGCCUUCUACUAAAAAUCUUCCGCCAGGUCAGCUUAAAUGCAAUAACAUACUAAAAGCUCGAGAAAGUGAAGUUAAAAUUAUCAACGAGUCAACCAACAUUAAUUUAUCAAUACCAUCUACUCCAUCACCGAAGAUAUUAAAUGAAACCAAUCCGAACAAUUCGCAAUAUGUUUCGAUAGUUGUGGUUGAACCUCCGCGGACUCAAACAAAAAUGGCAUCGCCAAAACCUGUAGAGAGAAACGAAGGUUUAGUUCCUAAAUCUCAACCGAUUUCAUCUCUUUCACCAUGGCUUGUCACUUCAGAACCAAGCUCACCAUCUGGCAUAGGAGAAAAGGAAAUUACAAUAAUACAUCGCAAGUCCGUUAUUACUACACAACUUUAAAAAGCUGCUUUUGUGAUACUUAAUACUUGUGCACAGUUACAAAUUGUUAAAAAAAAUAAUCGUUUUCUGAUUUAUUGUUUAUCAUGUAUGAAAAUUUUUAUUUUUCAUUCUUCAGUUGUAUGUUGUAAAGUGUAAUUGUGAAUGUGAUCUAAAGCGUGACGUGCUCCGAAAUUACUAAGUAAUUUCAGGUGUCAGUGAUCGACGAGUGACAUAUUGUGCCUUAUAGAAUACAAAUUGUUACAUUUAGAGCAGUUAAUAAUAAAAGGAGUUGAGUAUGCAAAAUAUCAGAAAAGAGUGCAGCUAUGCUCAGACUUGUAAACCAUUAUCUAAAAUUCUAAAUGGCGUUUAAACUGGGAAGUUUAUUUCUUUCAACGGACGUGUCUGACUCCUCUUUGUUUAACCAUUGCUUUUUUAACAUACCUACAAGCACUGAAAAAUAAAACAGUAAAUGAGCCCUCCCACUUAUUAGUGUGACGACAUUCUUCAUAUACCUCAAAACAUCACUCAUUAAGAGCGCGCAGCGCGUCGGUACGAUAUGGAUAAAAUUCGAAGCGCAAACGAGACGCCGAAUUAUGACUUUCACGUGAGUGAAAAGCACGGAGCGUUUGACGCGCGACGCAAAUUUUAUGACGUGAGCGCCAAAACCAUUUUUACCUAAUUCCAAGUAAAUUAAACAACAUAACGAAAAACAAAAUGGCCAUGUUCAAGAUAUAUACCUAAUUUUCUAUACAAAACAAAAAUUUAAGAAAAUAAGUUUGCUUUUCCUGAGAUUGAAAGCAAAAUGUGAGCAAAACAUGUAUUUUUCAAAAAAAUAAUCUUUUGAGAAAAGUUUUACAAAUUGUGUAUUUUGUAUAGUCAUAACGAAGCUAACACUUUGAAAUAUCUUUUACCUAAAUAUCAGGCUCCUAACUUUUCCAGAAUCUGAGAUCCAGAACCAUUUAUAACCACCAAAUUACAUAUUGCACACUCUUAAUUCAAUGACAGAAGCGAGUGUGUUGCUGCCUGCUCUUUUCUCGCUCCCCUCUAAUGUAAUAUGCCGCACUAAGUAUUUUGCAAACUCAACUCCAUCUAGCUCUAAAUCUAAGUCAUUUUAUUAAUGUUGCAUUUUCCAUUUCACUUUUAAGUUUCGAAGGAAACCUAAAGUGAGAUGCUUCACUUUUCUACUAAUGUUAUACAUAAGCUCCUUAUGCACGAUUUAUUCGAUAUUAUAUUCAAUAUGCAUUCCCUAAAUGUUGUGUUAAAAAGUUAGUAACUUAAGAUAUUUUCUUGGAGAAUUCUCUUCAAUUUCCAUUUAUUCCACACAGCGAUAGUGAAUUGUGUUACUUUAUGUUUCACGUUAGGUAUGUUCACGUUAGGAAAAUUAUAAUUGAAACUUUUUCUGAAGUAUUAUUCUAAGAAAUUAAAGAUACUCAUAAUUUAAUGCUAUACAAGAAACAGAUGAUUUAUUUAUGUUUGAAAUAUAUCUAACAUUUAUGGUAAAAAGGUAUACAUUAAGAAAGUCAGUAAUGACUCGUGAGUAAUUGCUUAAAAAAUGUUUGCCUUUAUAUUUAGCAUAGGUUUUGGUGGUGGUAACCAGUAAGCAUGACAAAAUAGAUUUUUCAAUAUAAGCGCUAUUAGGAGAAUGAUCAAAAAAUAUGUUUGACACAUUUGUCUGUCAAAGUUGACUUUUCCAUCAAGCAAUGUUUGUUAAACAAAGUCGCAAAUUAUCAAAUUAUUUGACAAAUUGUUUGAUCGUUUGCAAAGCGCUUUUGACAUGUAUUUAGUCCCUUAAUCCGAAAAUUAACACUCUUGUUUAGUUUUUGUUUAAACCAUAUGAUGUAAUAAUACGUUCUAAAACUAUGACCAAGUAGAUUUCAGGUCUAUUAAUAUAUAUAUGGAAAAAAAUU